CGAAACACCCUUCCGGUUGUUGCCUGCGCUGUGCCUGCUCUGUGCCUCCAGGAUGGCACUCUCUGGUGCUGGUGCUGCAGCCACCCGCUUCUUCCUCCCCGUACCGCCGCCGUCUGGCGAUGUUCCUUGUGCCAUCCUCUCUCUGCUGGCCCCUCUUGUAGAACAAACAGUACACCCCUGCAGCGGAACAAAGACACUCUCGUCGAGAACCGCAACACCCCCAAACAAAGCAACACCAGCUCUUUCGUCCACCACCGAGUAUAUUUUUUCCAGCGAGUUGUCUCCUCUAAGCUCCGUCGCCGAACCCAGACCUCUACUCUACGUCCAAAUACCCCCUUCGCCAGGACACCCCCGACAUCCGCACGGGCUCCACUACAUUCAUAAACCGGGAUCGACACAACCGACCCACUGCCCUACCUCCUAUGAUAUAAAUCCAUAGAGCAAAACUUUUUUUUUUUCCACAUAGCAUGUCCUGUCAGUCCAACAAAAGUAGCGUCAACAGCAACAGCCCCGCUACGGGCAGCCAAAAGAGAAAACUGGUCCCCUUGCUACCGAACACCCUCAAGAAGACAAAGCCUUCACCUUCAACAUCCUCCUCCUCACCGAACGCAGCUUCCCCUGCAUGCUCGCUAUCCUCAACUGCAACCUCCACCACUACGCUGCAUUCCCCACCGCCUUCCUCCCCGUUCAAAGAAUCCUGCGACAACCCUAGACCGGCCCCCGCCACAACAAAAAACAUUGCCGGGGUCAGCUUGGCCAAGAUCAUCAACCCGGCUAACCUUCCGUUCCAGACUACAACGGAUCACCCAAAGCCUAAACACCUUAAAUCCUGCUCCCGUUGCAGAAAACACAAGACCAAGUGCAACUACAUCGAAACUGCACCGCACGCAUGCUCCUCCUGCGCUAAGAGGGGACUGGUGUGCCAGCUGGAGGUCGUUAUACCAGUGAAAAGAUCCAAUAUUAUCAAAAAUCUGUCCAACGAUAUCGAAAAGUUGAAAAAUUUGGUCGACGAUCUCAUUUUGAAAGAUAAAUAUUUGAAAUCAUUAUGUAAGCAGAAGGGCAUCAAAGUGGACGGAUUAGUGAAUAUUGAAAAUUGCAAGAGAGAUCUGGACUUCAAUAGUCAAUUGCACAACAAACUAUUACAUGGCAGCACCAUCGACCAAGACCAAGAAGAUGAAGAUGAGGAGGAAGAUGAGGAUAUUGAAAAUGAAAACUAUGACAAUGAAAUUGAAGAUGAAAAUGACAACGACAACGAUAACGACAAUGACAACGACAACGAUAAUGAAAUAUAUAAUGACAACGAUAUUGAAGACUCCGAAAACGAUUAUAUCUAUGAGAAAAACCCACCUACAAACUUCCAUUCCAUCAAUAACAUUUUAAGCAAAUUCGAAUCCGUCAUCACUCCUCCAAAUUCAAACUCCAUAUCUCCAAAUCUCUCGGAUAUUGAAGUAGAAGAUGCGCCAACAAAAAAAGUUUCUUCCAAAAAAGUUGCCAAUCCUGUCAAAGAUACCAUAUCAUCUGAAAACUUCAAACUCUACACUCUGAACGACUGCUGCUGCUUCUCUCACAAUGAAAUAGAGGAAAUAAUGCUUGACUUUAAUGCCAACUACCUACCCUUUAUCCCAAUUAUGGACAAAAUCAUCUCAAUUGAACAUCUCUUUGUCUCAAAUAAACUGCUGUUUUGGUCAAUCGUAUAUAUAGCCACAUCCAAUAUAGACAUUUACACCCAUUUUAUCAUCAAAGAAGUUUUGGGCUUUCUCAACAAUUCCGAGGAUAUAAAGGAAACUGAAGCAAAUGAUCCUUAUAACUCAUUGGUUGCUGUCCUUCUAUUGUGCUGCUUCCCAACGAAAAUCAAAUCAACUAAAUUCGAUAUAGAUGACGAGCUGGAUACUUGUAAUUUUCAAUGGUUAGAGUCUUGUAAAUCAAAAUGUCUCAAAUACAAUUAUAUUGAAGAAUAUAUUGAUGACAAUGAAAAGAAUAAUUACAAAAAAAAUAUCUGGUGUGUAAUCUUCAUUCUAGGAAACUUCUAUGGUUUCAGAUUGGGUCUCAAGUGGGUCCAGCCUCUAGAUUUUAUUCUAGAAGAAUCAAAGGAUAGAGUUUCAUAUUUGGGCCAAUUGCUAAAUAUCACUAUAUUAUUAUCAAAAUUGCUAGAUCACUUCGUAUUCACGAAUAAUGGUGGUGUCUUCAAAGCCAAAAGCUCUGAUGAGUCCAUAAAUGACCAGAUUAUGACUCCAGCCCAAAGACUGCAGGAUGACGACCAUCUUCUAAUAAAGUCUUUGUCAAACUGGCAAUUCAAACUUGAUAGAAUGAAAAAAAGAGCAAUGUCCAACAAGCUCGAAAACCCUGCAUUGAACUCAAAUCUUUUAUUGUCUUUUGAUUUCUUAGAGUUGAUUUUCAACCUUUUCGAGCCACAAAACUUGAAUUUUUCAAGCCAACUGGAGAAAACUUUCAUCAUAGCUAAGAGAUUCUGCUCAAACAUUGAGCCUUUGAACGUCACAAAAUGUCCAAUAUUCUUGAAAAUAUCUUUAGAGUUUGUUUGUUUGACACUAACUAAAUUGAGCUAUUGUCCAUAUUUCUUGAACAAGCAGUUCAAUCCUGAUCUGUACAUUAACCUUUUCAACAAGUUGAUAGCUUUUGUUGAUUUCAACGACACCAGAUUUGUUUUCAAUACACUGAUGGAUUUCGACUCUUCACUCAAAUUGGAUUCGAGUUUGAUUGAGAUUUUCAACAUGGAUAGCUUCAAGAAGAACUUACUUCCGGGUCUGAUCAAUGAUUUGAAAAGGCUCAACCAGAGAUUUAAGUCGAUUGAGAUAAAUGACUCAAGAAUUUUGAAAAAUAAACAGAUUUUCCAAUCUAGGAACUUGGACUAUCAGUCAUAUGCCGACAAGUUCAACCUCUUCCGAAGCCAGGUAGAUUUGGUGAUCAUAUACUCCAACGAAAUACUUAAAUUUUCUAACACAGAAAGCGAUGUUCCCGACUCUUCUCUUUCUUCCUCUUCGUUAUUAUCUAAGGACGAACUGUCUGAUACUUUCUCAAUUGCUGGCAGGAGUGAUAAAUCAAGCAUCGUCACUGAUAAUAUCCAAUUUGUUGAACCAGUCAAUAUGCACACUGACUCUAAACUGAAGUCCGAUUUUCAAUUGCAACAACAAUUCGACGACAUCGAUUUGUUUGGAAUCAAUUGGAUAAACUAAAACUUUUUGCUUUUGCUUUAGAUCUUUUUCUCUUACUUUAACUUUUAUUCUUUUUGCCAUUUUUCUUGCUUAUUUUCUCACUCACCACUUUCCCACUCAUUCUAACUGACAUGCUUUUAUAUUCUUUAUUCCUCUCUUUGCCUUUUUCCCCCCGUUUGCUGCUUACUCUCUCACGACCUUUUUUCCCUUACUUCCUUAACGACGUUCUUUAUAUAUUACCCAUUUUAUAUCUAUCUCCCUACUUACUAUCUAUAUAUAUUCCAUUAAUAGUUACUCCCUCA